GCCGGCCGGGGGUCCGUGCGCCAAGAUGACAUUUGCAGCCGUCUUUCUCACCACUGCCUUGCUGUGCCAGAAUUUUGGCAGGGCCUUGGCCCUGGAGGAGCCUGGGAUCUGCUACAUUCUGGACGGGAUACUGUUUGUGUACGGCAUCGUCCUGACUGCACUGUACUGCAGACUGAAGAUGGGAAAAGCUUCGGGGAAAAGUGGGCAAAACCAUGAGAAACAAGAGGACGGAAUCUACACUUCAUUAACUCCUCGUGGCCAAGACACCUAUGAGACCCUCAACAUCCAGAGGAAGUGAAGGAGGGGGUAUUUAAUAAUAAGAUGCCCCCACACCCCACACCUCACACCCUCCCCCACAUGCC